AUGAAAGCAUGUGGAGAAUCUCAGGCACUUAAAGAAGCUAAACUUGUCCAUAACCACCUCACAAGGUCAGGACAUCAUCUUGAUGUUCACAUUUGCAACAAAAUCUUGGAAAUGUAUUCGAAAUGUGGUUCCAUGGAAGACGCAUAUAAUUUCUUUGAGAAAAUGCCCCAAAGAAAUCUUGCUUCGUGGGACACCAUGAGAAAAGGGUUUGCUAAAAACGGCCAUGGAGAAGAUGCAAUCAAAAUGUUCACCGAAUUCAAAAAGGUCGGAUUAAAACCCAAUAAUCAGAUGUUUCAUGGUAUCCUUGCUGCAUGUAAUAUCGUAGGAGACAUGAAACUCGGGCUAUUGCAUUUCAAGUCAAUGAUGAAGACUUACAAUCUUGUCCCAUCUAUGGAUGAUUAUGUCCGUGUAGUCGAUAUGCUCGGGAGUUCAGGAUACUUAAAUGAAGCAUUGGAAUUAAUAGAAAAGAUGCCGCUGAAGCCAAGUGCAGAAAUUUGGGAAAUUAUGAUGAAUCAAUCUAGGGUUCACGGUGAUUUAGAACUCGGAGACCGUUGUGCUGAGAUUCUUAACCUUCGGGAACCUUCUCGUUUAGAUGAACAAACAAAAUCUGGCUUGAUACCAAUAAAGUCUUCAGAUAUUGCAAAAGAAAACGAAAAAAAGAUGUCAUCAGAGUUGAUUAGCAGAGCCAUGACUUUUCAGUUUAGGAGCGGGGAUACUUCUCAUCCUGAUCAAGAGAGGUUAUACAGUCAACUUAGGUAUCUAAAACAAGCCAUGAUAGAGGCCGGGUAUCUGGCUCAGACUAGAUUUGUACUCCAUGAUAUGGACCAUGAAAAUAGAGAAGAAGCUCUUUUAUUACAUAGUGAAAGACUUGCUUUAUCUCAAGCUCUUUUGACUACUCCAGCCCGUUCAUCAAUACGGAUAUUGAAAAAUGAUCGUAUUUGUGCUGAUUGCCAUGAGGCAAUCAAGAUUAUUUCGAAGCUGGUUGGGAGACUAAUUAUUGUACGUGAUAAAAAGAGGUUUCAUCAAUUUGAAAAUGGAGUUUGUUCUUGUAGAGAUUAUUGGUGA